AUGUCAUCCUCCAAUAUUCCAUUGUAUCGCGUACAAGGUACUCAUUACGAAUGUGCUCGAGAUAUCGGUGUGAAAUGUCGCGAACGAAUUCAGAAGCGUAUCACUAAUGAUCAAACUCAUUUCGAGUCUUUAUUCAAUUUUGUUCAAACAGACGAAGGUCACAAAUUACAUCAAGGUUUUAUUGAUGCUAUUCGUACGAUAUUUCCCUGGUAUUGGGAUGAAAUUCGCGGUCUUGCCGAUGGCUCCGAAAUUCCAUUAGAACUAUUACUUGUGUUAAACUUUGUCAAUGAAACACGAACUGCACUUCGUCUUUUACAAGAAAAAACAAUUGAUCAUGCACAACAAGAAACAGGCAUGAGUGGAACAAAGGGAUGUACCACUGCACUUAUUAAUCGAAAAGAUACCAAUACAUUUGCAUUAUUACAUAAUGAAGAUAAUACGACAGGAUUGUACGACACGGCCUAUCUAGUCGAGGCCGAUAUCAAAUCGAGCGCAUACGAUGAUGGUACUAGACAUAGUCCCAAUGAACGAUUCGUUGCUUAUUGCUAUGCUGGUGUCAUUCCUGGUACGAUGUUACUUUAUUCAAAUAAAUCCAUCUUCUAG